AUGUCAAUAUAUACCUCAGCCCAAAUUUCCAAAUACCUCGAGCACAUCGGCUUCCGCCACCCCGACAAUGUUUACCAGCUAGCCGCCGAUAACCCUCUGCAACUCCUUACACAGCUGCAACUCCUUCACAUGGCCCGUGUUCCUUUCGAGAGUCUGUCUCUUCAUUACUCACAAUCGCGACUCCUUUCCCUCGAUCUCGAGGAUCUGUUUGACAAAAUUGUCAACAAGGGCUGCGGCGGCUACUGCAUGGAGGUGAACGCUUUCUUCGCCACCGUUCUGCGGAGCCUUGGGUUCAAGCUUAUCAGUGUAGGAGGGAGAGUGGCGAGGCCGGAUGGGACGUAUAAGGGCUGGGACCACAUGACAAACCUGGUCAAGAUCAACAACCAACGUUAUGUUGUCGACGUUGGCUUCGGCUCCAAUGGGCCCACAAAACCAAUUCCUCUCGAGCAUGGAUACAAUUUCACCACUAUUGCCCCGGCCCGUGGCAAACUCAUGUACCGCUCUCUCAUAGAGCACAGCGAUCCCGACCAGCGGGUGUGGGUCUACUCAGUGCAGGAGCAUGCCGAUGCCCUGUGGAGGGAUAUGUACUGCUUCGUAGAGAUUGAGUUCUUUCCUGGUGACUUUGAAGUUAUGAACCUAAAGACGAUGACCACUCCACAGAGCUUUUUUGUUCAGAAUGUGAUGUGUAUCAAAACAAUAUUGAAUGAGGAGAAGACAGAACCUGUGGGAUGGGUGAUUUUGCAUAGGGAUUACUUGAAGAGACGUGUAGGAGAUAAGUCGGAGAUUGUUGAGACUUUCAAGACGGAGGAUGAUAGAAUCGGGGCGCUGGAGAAGUAUUUUGGGAUUGUGCUCAGUGAGGGAGCGAAAAGGGCUAUUAAAGGGCUGGCGAGUGAGUUAAGGCCGAAGGGGGAACAUGCUUGA